ACAAUUAGUUUGGUUUGUGUAUAUCUGGUCACGUAUUUGUCUAUCAAUUUACUUAGGUUGUUUAUCACAAAAUAUGUCAUCUGUAUGCGAUCGUUUGUUGAAAUCAGUGGCCCCAACAAAUAUUGAGCCUCGUUCUCGUAGUAAAGUGACUGUUAUAGGUGUUGGAAUGGUUGGAAUGGCUGCAGCAUUCUCUACCAUGCAAGUGACAGGAGAACUCGCACUUAUUGAUGUCGUAGCAGAUAAGGUUAAAGGAGAAGUUCUUGAUCUACAGCAUGGUCAACAGUUUAUUGGCAGGUGCAAAAUUGAUGGGGGAACCGACUACAAAUACUCUGCAAAUUCAGAUAUUGUCGUCAUCACUGCUGGUGCCAGACAAAACGAAGGAGAAUCACGACUGAACCUUGUUCAGCGUAAUGUUGAUAUAUUCAAGAAAAUAAUACCAAACGUUGUGAAAUACAGUCCAAACUGCAUCAUAGUCGUCGUAUCGAACCCUGUCGAUAUUCUGACAUAUGUUGCUCGAAGAUUGAGUGGAUUUGAAGCUCAUAGAGUAAUUGGGACCGGAACCAUGCUUGACUCGGCGAGGUUUCGUUUUCUGUUAGGUGAGAAAUUGGGAGUAUCUGCCAAUUCUGUCCAUGGUUAUGUAAUUGGUGAACAUGGUGACUCGAGUGUUGCUGUUUGGAGUAAUGUGAAUGUUGCUGGAGUUCGGCUGUCUUCUCUAAAUCCAAAGAUAGGAUGCAAAGAUGAUCCUGAAAAUUUCGAGGAAAUACACAAGCAAGUUGUCCAGAGUGCCUAUGACAUCAUUCGCUUGAAAGGUUACACCUCAUGGGCGAUCGGGUUGACAUGUCGAUCACUUUGUAACGCACUAUUAAAUAACCAUCACACAGUUUAUCCACUCUCUGUUCCAGUCAAAGGAAUUCACGGAAUCGAAGAGGAUGUUUAUUUGAGUUUACCAUGUCUUGUAACUUCAGCUGGAAUCAGUCAUUUGAUUCCGCUUGAACUUAGUGCGGAUGAAUUGUGUAAAUUGAGAAGAAGUGCUGCCACUCUGAAUGAAGUUAUAACGAAAAUCCAAUGGUAAAGUCGUACGACUAAUAGUUGCCGCACGUAUACGUAUCAAAGAACACUAGCUUUCCCCCUUUUCAUGUAUGUUAUCUCUGUUUUUAAAUUAGUAAGUAUUAGAUAUGAAGCAUCUUAAUUUUUGUUUAUUGAAAUUGUUCGCUAAAUUUUUUCCAAAGAAUUAAACAUAAAUUAUUCGGUUAG